AUGAAGACUUUUGCGCCUCUUCUUCCUCUUCUUAGCAUCGCCGCCCCUGUUCUCUCUUCUGUGUUAUCACCUGCCGACGUUCUAAGUGAAGACGUAAUAGUGCAGCUGGCAAACGACUGGACAGGCGCUAAUGCCAACGCUACUAUCUCACCUGACGGCUCAAAGCACUCAAUCCAGGAUCUCUGGGGUAAAUCUGACCUCGUCGGAGAUGACGGUGAAGUCUAUGCCACGAGUGCAUCACUUGUGAAGUUUGAACAAGGCACAGCAUGUCGUAUUGUGCAGAAGCCCAAUGUGAACAUUAUUAUGCACUCACAAAUGACCUGGGUAUUCUUGGAUCGCGGGGCAUGGGUGAAGUUGGACAAUGCAAUUUUACAGUGUGUUGAUGUCAAUCAGACUCCUUAUAGAGGGGAUCUGUAG